AUGGGAAGAAGUCCUUGUUGUUCAAAAGAUGAGAGCUUAAAUAGAGGAGCAUGGACAGGUAUGGAAGACAAAAUACUGAGAGAGUAUAUAAGAGUUCAUGGUGAGGGCAAAUGGAGAAACCUUCCCAAAAGAGCAGGGCUUAAGAGAUGUGGGAAAAGUUGCAGGCUCCGAUGGUUGAACUAUCUAAGACCGGAUAUCAAGAGAGGAAACAUCACUCGUGAUGAAGAAGAGCUCAUCAUCAGGCUCCACAAACUCCUUGGAAACAGAUGGUCUUUGAUAGCUGGAAGGCUCCCAGGCCGAACAGACAAUGAAAUCAAGAAUUACUGGAACACUACGAUUGGAAAGAAAAUUCAGGGACACCCAUUUGCAGAUGGAAAUCGUAAACCACCAAAUCAAACCCAAGAAAACCCAAAACCCACACAGCCCCCUAAAGUCGAUACAAAUUCAUGCACCAAAGUGGUCAGAACAAAGGCAUCAAGGUGCACCAAAGUGUUCAUACCCCAAGAGGCACAAAAUCUUGAUGACCAAAUUCGGGACGACAAUGACCACGUGUCCAAUAAUGCUCCACUCGUGGCCGUUGACCAGGUCACCGAUCAAGUUGCUGGGAUUGAGGAGCCAUUUUCACCCAUAUUUCCUUUGGAUGAUGAAAACAGCUCGUGUGAGUUCAUGGUGGAUUUUAAGAUGGAUGAGAAUUUUCUGUCGGAUUUUCUUAAUGUGGAUUUUUCUGAGCUCCAUAAUAAUGGAAAUGAUGAGGGAGGUAGCGUUGCUUCUGCUACUACACGUGACAAAGUCCCAGAUUUCCAAUCUUCCUCCAUGGCUCCUGUCAUUGACUAUGACUUAGACUGGCUCAUAGAUAAUACAGCUCAUUAUUAG